GACAGCGGCGGCCUGUGACUGGCUGGCGGCCCAGCAAAGUCCUUAUCACAUUCUUGGAGGUGCUCCCGCCGCCGUCAGUCAAGGAGGGGAGCCGGGAGGGGGCGCAACCUGCCCGCUGACAAACAGCCCCGGCACACGGGACCCUGUGGGUGGGUGGGGAGGGAGGACAAUACUCCAUGCGGCUGGGGCUCAGCGCUGCCCACCCUUAUCACACCGACACACGAGCGGGACCAUGGCGGCGGCGGCGGUGGCUGUACUCAGGAACGACACUCUGCAUGCAUUCCUACAGGACAGAACACCCAGCGCCUCCCCUGAUGUGGGUAAACAUUCUCCUUUGGCUCUUCUGGCAGCUACAUGUAGUCGCAUUGGUCAUCCAGGUGGUGGACAUGAGUUUCUCCAGGUUCCUUACGAUCCAGCCAUUGCUUCUCCAUCCAGGAUUUUCCAUCCAUGGACUAAUGACAUCUCUACACACUCUCCAGGUGGAAUUCAGCAACACACCGGUAUUGGACUCAGCAGCCCGAAAAAUCAGCUCUCCGCUCACAUCCAGACUUCAUUCGUAACUCACGAGCUGCCCCUGACUCCCCCAGCUGACCCCUCUUACCCUUAUGAAUUUUCUCCGGUGAAGAUGUUACCGUCUCCCAUGACGGCUUUUCAGCCUUCUAACUGCCAGUCAGCCUAUGUACCUACUGUUUCGUACGCUUCAUCUCCCAUUGCUUCUGCAAUUCACGGCUUUGUUCCGAGUCACUCCAAUUUACUACACCAGCAGCCAAGACAACUGUCCCCUAAUCUAGCAGAAGACAUCCCUUGGUGGAGCAUUCAGCAGUCCGCCCCAGUCCCUCACCCAACCCCAAUUCAUCAUCCUCAUCACCGCUAUCCUCUUCAGAGAAGUAUAGUUCUCGGACACACAGACUUUGCACAGUACCAGACUCAGAUUGCAGCUCUUCUGCAGACCAAAUCUCCCUUGGCCACGGCCAGGAGAUGCAGAAGGUGCAGAUGUCCGAACUGUCAAUCUUCAAGUGGUCCUGAUGAGCCCGAGAAGAAGAAACAACACAUCUGCCACAUCCCGGGCUGUGGCAAAGUUUAUGGCAAAACCUCACACUUAAAGGCUCAUUUAAGGUGGCAUUCUGGGGAAAGACCUUUUAUCUGUAACUGGUUGUUCUGCGGCAAAAGUUUCACCAGAUCCGAUGAGUUACAAAGGCACUUACGGACCCACACCGGUGAGAAACGCUUUGUCUGCUCCGAAUGUGGCAAAAGGUUCAUGAGAAGUGAUCACUUGGCCAAACACGUGAAAACACAUCAGAACAAGAAGAUAAAAGGGAUUGAGAGGACAGUAAAACAAGAGCACAACCGAGACCACUAAGGGAAACCCUGUUGGCUUUUACUAUAGUGCAAUGUAUACUUGAAUCUGGACUCCUCAGAACAUUGAUCAAACUUUUAUAUAUAUAAAUAUUAAAGCACAAUACUUGUCAGACACAGGCGACAAGGGAUUCGAAAAUUUCACUUUCUACAUUUGGAUCUUUCCAUUGGUCCUGUGGAUUUGUAUGUUUCUGUUAUUCUGUAAUCAAACAUAAAAUGAUAUGUGACUCGGAAACAUAUUUUUCCCCUCAAAGCUCCAAUACUUCCAGCAGACUCUUUUAUAUGUUUAUUAGACUUUUGCAUUUUCCCUUUCUAUUGCAGCAUGCUUUAUUGACUCUGUAAAUGGGACAUAAAACACGUAUUUUUUUCUGUUGGAUUCGAGCCAAAUUGGCUUUGUC